AUGAAUGUUUCUGUUAUGAAUGUUGUAGAUAUUAAGUAUAGAUAUGCCUUUCUUGCAGUCAUCUUUGGAAUAAUAUAUUAUCUACCCUCUGUCCAAGGCUUGCGUUGUCUGAAAUGUUCCUCCAUAACCGAGCCCCGUCUAUGUACCGACCUGGAAACGUGCCAGUUGGGGGAGAUAUGUGGGGUACGACAGCUGAUGUCGGACAAUGGUGACACUUCAUACUGGACGGGUUGUGUCCCCCGCGCGGGUUGUGUUUCCGUGGAUACCUCGGGGCACUUCAUUGGUAAAAGAACCAGUUAUUACGACAAAGAAGUCAUUUGUCAGCACUGUUGCUCCAGCGACCUUUGCAAUUCUCAAGGAUGCGGGGCACUCGGUUACCCCACUGACCGCGGUCCACUUUGCUAUGAUUGCAAAAACUUAGCUGAGCCCGCCAGCUGCCACAAAAUCGCCAUCUGUAACCAUAAUGAGAAAUGUUACGUAGGGACCGAGGCUCACUUUGGACAUCUUUACUACACCACACGCUGUGAAACAAGUCACGCCUGCACGUCCCUGGACCACGCCAAUCCCCUGGGGAGGAGAGCCGUGGGUUGUAAGCAUUGCUGUACAGGGGAUCUCUGUAAUGCCGGCUGCAAGGGAUAAGGAUCGACUCCCAAGGAGAUUCAUUGACGUACAAGAAUUGCCAUGGAAGAUGUGUCAUAAUUUUCUUGUGAAAAUUUAUUGCAAGAAUAAAUGUGUA